AUGGCUGUCCUUCAAAAAGAACUGGAGGAGACUGACAGAAGGGGGUUCCGUGAGCUUCUCAGGAUGGAUGUGGAUGACUUCAAUUUCCUCCUCGACAAGGUCCAACCUCUUAUCCAGAGGAAGGAUACAACGCUGAGGAAGGCCAUCACUGCCAGACAGCGGCUGUCUGUUACUCUGCGAUUCCUUGCAACCGGUGAGUCAUUUAGGUCUCUGUGCUUCCAGUACCGCAUUGGAAGAUCAACAAUUGGCCAGAUUGUGACGGAGACCUGUGAGGCGUUAUGUGUGGUCUUGAAGGAUCACCUGAAGACACCAACAACAGAGGCGGGUUGGCGAGAAGUGGCAAGGGGAUUUCAAGAUAGGUGUCAAUUUCCCCAUUGCCUUGGUGCAAUCGACGGAAAGCACGUCUAUAUCCAACCCCCUGCUAACUCUGGAAGCCUUUUUUACAAUUAUAAAGGCAGAUUUUCUGUGGUGCUUAUGGCAGUAGUUGAUGCCAACUACAAAUUUGUGUAUGCCAGUGUUGGUACUCAGGGAUGAAUGUCUGA